AUGCGUCUUGCCAGCUCGCUUGGGCUUUUUACAAGCCUCGUCGCUGCAGUCCCUGGGCUUGAUGUCGGGGCCGGCGUUGAAGGGUUACUUACGGUUGAUCUCAACCUGUUUCCGGACUCCGUUCUGGCCGCCCGAUGUGAUGAGUGUUGCCCAACGACAAUAAGAACAGUCAUAUCGAAAAUUUAUACCACGAUUUACAGCGAAAAAACGCACGACGUUUCUACCGAGGUGCAAUACACAACCAAAUACGUUACUACAACAGCCCUCUCGACUUACACAAGGUCUUAUCCUGUGACCGUAACUAAAGUCAUUGAUUGUGACCCUCCCUACACAAACGGUUAUGAAUCUACUGAGGGCACAAACACUGAACAGAUUCCAAAACUCAAGGGACGGACGCACGGCUGUAGGACAACAACAGUAACUUCCUGGGCUACGACCACGGCUACAAAGACAGUUACUGGUAUUGAGUCCGUUGUUACCACGAUAACGGUUCCGCAGGAGACGACCAUUCACGACACACAUACUGUAGUCGACUCGACUACAAUAUGGGUGCCCACAACUUACACGGAGACUAAAACGGUCGUUAGCGAGCACCCAGUCACUCUGACUGUCGACAACACCAAGUACACUACGAAAUCCACCACCAUAGUUACAACAUUUGUGUCGACAGUGAUAACAAGCUUCCCUGUUGUGACCACGCUCACACUACCAGGUCAAACUAUAACGGCCCCCGGCCAGACUAUAACGGCCCCCGGCCAGACAAUAACAGCUCCUGGCGAGACCGUAACAGCUCCCGGCCGCGAUGUAACUCAAACCCUCGCAGGACCAACAGUCACGGCUCCCGGCCAGACAAGCACAAUCACUCUUCCCGGCGUAACCAAAACCUUGCCAGCAAGCACGAUUGUGACAACGCAGAUAAGGACGUUACCCCCGUCAACAGUCCACAUCACCGACGACCAAGAAACAAAGACCAUCACUCGGCCAGGAUACACAGUGAUAGAGACCAGCACACUUACCCUCCCUCCCACAACAAUCAAAAAGCCAGCUACUACUGUCACCGUGACUCCCAUGUUUGACGUCAGCCUUUGCCCGACCCCCACAGGAGUUUCAACACCGUUGGACGCCAAGUCAAACCGUACAUUUGGUUGCGAACCUGGCUAUGUAUGCAACCCUCCUAAGCCAAAUGGAUGCAAUCUGUGGCCGAAACCUCCAUCCGACGAUUUCCUUUGCGAUCCAAAUGACUGUAUCCCCUCGCCGCCUUUUGCAAAGGUCGAAUGGCAAGAAUGCGAAACCGGCUAUUACCCACCCUCGUAUGGCUACUUCAACCUCGACCCCGAAGGAUUCGGUCUUUCGUACGACAUCUUCGAAUAUAAAGUCAUCAACGAGACCAUAAAUGGACACCCUUCCAUGAUCACAACAGGGAACUGGGGUUCGCAAUCAUCGCUGACUGCCUGGCCUAAACCCUCCCCGCCGGCCUCGCACGGCCAAAUGCGCAAGCGUAUCAACGACCACAAAGCCUGUCACAAGUCCAAGAGAGACAUUGUUGUUCCCUCCAUAUGUUAUAACCCUUGCAAUCAAGCCUACCUCAUUGCUCAAGGUACUGGAAAAACAGACGGGCUGUGUGAUCGAGAUUCAAAAUUCAGGGCUGCCGAGGUCUCCUGCAGCAAUUGUAUCAAGGCCAAUGCUAAUAGCAACUCUACCUCUACUGGAGAGGCACAAAAGGAGCCAUUUGAGCAGUUUAUUAAUUUCUGUGGUGGUACCAAGGCUGAGAAACCUCCAACUGCUUCACCCACAACUCCCGAGCAGCUUGUUACCCAGCAGCCUACUAUUGGAACCAGCACGCAAGUCGAUGUAAGCCACCCGGCAUUCACGCCAAUUCUCUCUAGUGAGAAUAUCGCCUCAUCUGCUCCGUCGACGCCGAGCCCUACCAGUUCCGUGGGCUCUACCAAUUCCAUGGGCUCUACCCAUUCCGUGGGCUCUACCCAUUCCGUGGGCUCUACCCCAGCCAGCGAUGCAUCUUCAUCGCAGACGACUCACUCGGCUCCCCCGUCUUCUGGACAGAGUUCGCCCAUAUCUACACCUCCGGGAUCUUCUACAAGUGGAAGCUCUGGUGUUCAGAGACCUGGAACUUCCACCGGAGGAGAGACGUACUCGCCCACUACCACCCACCGCACUGCUGUUGGUACUACCGGCGGCAGCGGGAGCAGUUCCAGUAGGCUCAGCAACACUGUCGUCGAAAGCAGUCUUGGCUUCCCCUCCGCCUCCGCCUCCACCUCCGCAUCUGCAUCUACCUCCGCCCCUGCCUCUGCCUCCGCCCCUGCCUCCGCCUCUGCCUCUGGCCCGAGCUCGAAGAUUGGCCAUGGUAGUGGUACAAACCCAGGCUCGAGCGAAAGCACCAGCAAUGCCAAUGCUGGCAACGGCGGAGGCGGUCAACCCGGCGCCACGACAGAAGGUGCACCUGGAAAUCCCCCAACAUCGACGCCUCCGGUCGUUACAGCCGCUGCCUCUCAUCUUUCCAGUCUCUUCUACUCUGCUGGAGCAAUUCUUGUUUCAUCAGUACUGAUCAUGAUGUUUUAA